GCCAAGGCUCUCUUGGCCUCGGCGACGGCCGCUCUCCUCCUCCUCAUCUCCUCGCUCACGGCCCUCGUUGCCGCCAUGUCCGAGCGCACAUCGAUCCCGGACGCCAAGACCCUCCAGCGCCUUCGCUCCGACUACGGCCAGGCCCAGUCACGCGAGGCUCCCGUCAGCGUCGCGAUGGCGCAGCAGGAGCCGCACAAAGAGCCGGGGUGCGUGAAGAAGACGCAUCGCUACUUCUGCGGCUCUGUCAAGGCUACGAGCUACACCAUGCUGGCGAUGAUUUCGUUUGCGGCGCUGUUCUGGGUCCCGAUUAUCUGGUACGUCAUCGUGCCGGCCAUCCUCAACAUGCUCGCCGGCGCCACCUCUGUCAACAUUAAAUCGGCGACGAUGGCGGAUCCAACGGCAACCAAUAUGAAGGUUUCCGCGGUUGUCGAGAUCAACAAUGCGGGUCCCUUCGGGUGCGACAUCGAUGCCUUCAACGCCACCAUCCACAGCCCGCCCGAGGAUAGCGCGCCGAAUGGCCGCCCGAUCGGCUGGAUGGUGGUCCCGCCAUUCACCCUCAAGGGCAACGGGCCGGGCAUCAUCAACCCGACCACGAUGGUGCACGUGACCGACGCCGCGGCGUUCAAUAAGAUGGCGAAAGGCAUGCUCAACGGCGACGACGUGCCGUGGCGCAUGACGAGCGAGAUCACCGUCUGGUCGAUGGGCAUCCCCUUCUCGAUCUCGAUCGACAAGCAGACCGUCUUCCCUCCGAUCGAGCUGACGAAUUAUGCGACGUCCAACCUCGAAAUGUCGCACGGUAACACGACUACCAACCAGCUCGUGAUUGACGCUGACGUGAGCUUCUACUCCUCCUCGCCGAUGCGGCUCGAGGGCUUCGGGACCAUCAAGGCGGAGCUCUACUACAGCGUGGCUGGCAACGACCCCGACCUCAGCCCCGAGGCUCGCUUGAGGCAAGGCGGCCCGCCGAUUCGGGACGACCACGUCAAGAUUGGCGAGUGCCAUAUGUACGACUACAGGGUGGAGCAGGGGAUGAACACCAUCCAGACAAAGAUCUUCCUCGACGCAAACUACGCAACGGGACAGUCGCUCGGACGCUGGGCGUCCGAGUUCGACCAGACCAUCGUCUCGUGGGGCCCGACCAAUGUCUCGCCCUUCAUUAAUGGCAUCUGGCUGGGCGCCAACGGCAUGCCGGGCUCGACCAUCACCCUGUACACCGCAACCUUUGUCACUGCGGAGACCCUCGUCACCGGCUACAACCCCAAGACGGGCGAGCCGUGCAAAGUAUGGGACGGGAGCACCGAGUCGUGCGAUCGGGGUUCGACCAUCAUGGGCAUGAACCCCUUUAAGCGCGAGUGGUUCAUCAAGGACAUCGUGUACGACACGUACUUUGAGGAGGAGUACGAAUACGACGGCACCUUCAUGGCCAAGCCCGUCCCAGGCCAGGAGGAUGUCGAGGUGCCGUUCGCCGGGGGCACCACUGUCGGUAACCUCUUCAACAUCCCGGCGGUCGACUUUACGUGCAGCGCUUCCAAGGUGCUCGGGCGCACCUUCUCCAAGCCGGGCAUGUGGGCCGGCUACCCGAACCACUCUCCGGGGGUGGGCCUCUCCUACCCGCCCGACGACCCGAACACGACCGACGUCGACGAGAACCUCCAGGCGCGGCUGGCUGAUGACGUCAUACCGGUCCCGCCUGCGAGAGUUGCGGCGGACGGCACAAAGAUCCCGACGAGUUAUUCGUUGACCAUGCCCGUGCACCCGAUCCCGGGAAUGACAGCGGUCCCGGGUGCACCCGAUCCCCCGCCGCCGUGCAUCUGGGGCCUGAAGGACCUCAACCCCUUUGACUGCUGCAUGACCACGAUCUUUACCGCGGCCGCGUGCAAGGCGGCGGAGUCGGGCAAGAAGCAGAUCACGGUGAGGAGCUCGGGCUCGGCGGUGAUGAUUGUCGACGGAGUGGAGCUCAACAUCAGCACCUCUAUCCGGAUGCCCGUCACAUACACCAAGGACGUGCUGCAAUUUGACGCCAUUCCGCCCGCCAGCUACGGCGUGCUGGGCCAUGUCGUGGAUGCCGGCUUUGGCUGUGACGACCUCCGGUUCACCGGGGUCUCGGCGCGGUGAGAGAAGAGUUGAUUAUCCAUGAACGCCAGCCCAUGUACGUGAUGCGGCGCGCGGGUGGGGCCUUCGGCGUCUUCGCGGCUGAUGUGUGCACUCCCGCGGAGGUGUGUCCUGAAACGGGGGUCGGGGCCGGGGGGAGCGGAGAGAGAGGGGUGUACGUUGUCUUGUGAUAUAAACGUGGCUGAUACGUAGACUC